AUGGAUAGAAAGAUCAGAAAGGAGCUGGACUUUCCCUUGAAUGAGUCUGUCUUUUGGACAGAUAGCACAAUAGUCCUCCAUUACAUCCGCAGUGACAACAAGCGCUUUCGGACAUUUGUGGCUAACAGGAUAUCUACCAUCCGUGAUGCCUCGGAGCCCAGGCAGUGGAGAUAUGUCAACACAGAAAAGAAUCCAGCUGAUGAUGUAUCAAGAGGUCUAACGCCAGACAAGCUCAAUGGCAGAUGGCUCAAGGGACCAUCCUUCCUAUGUGCUGAUGAGAUGGAAUGGCCUAUCGCUCCAGCUGAUCUGCAAGUGCCACCAAGUGAUCCAGAAAUCAAACCACCUACAGAAAAUGCCAGUGCAUUCACAACUCAGUCAGAGGAGAAGUCAUUGGAAAGGCUUAUCAACACAUAUUCCUCCUGGUAUAAGCUGAGGAGGGGAGUGAGCUGGCUAUUGAAGUUCAUGCAGUGGUUGAAACUCAAAGGAAAAACCCAGACAGAGCAAGAGCUGAGGGACUUCAAAAGGAUCAGUUACGACGACAUGCAGAAAGCAGAGAAGAGAAUUUUGCAUUACGUGCAAAAAUGUUUCUUCCAGAAGGAGAUUGAAUCAUUGACCGAUUCAGAUGGUAAAGUGACAAAGACAAGUCAACUCUACAAGCUGGACCCUAAGAUAGACGAGGGUCUUCUUAGAGUUGGAGGAAGAUUGGAGAGAUCAGCUCUACCAUUAGAAGCUAAACACCCAGUCCUCUUACCCAAGGGAAGUCACGUGUCAGAUCUGAUCUUGAGAGAUGUUCAUGUUAAGGCAGGGCAUAGUGGAAGAAAUUAUGUCCUUUCUGUGCUUCGUGAGAAGUAUUGGAUGCUUGGAGCAGGAGCAGCUAUCAGGAGCAUGAUUAGCAGAUGUGUCAUGUGCAGGCGGCAAAGAGGGAAGAAGAUGAGUCAGAAGAUGGCUGACCUGCCUGAGAAUAGACUGUUACCUGACGAGCCUCCAUUUUCCAAGGUUGGCAUUGACUAUUUCGGCCCCUUUGAGGUUAAAAGGGGUCGCAGCAUGGAGAAGAGAUAUGGAGUCAUGUUUACAUGUCUUACCACACGCGCCAUUCAUUUGGAAGUCGCUCAUUCUUUGGAUACGGACUCUUGUAUCAGUGCCAUUCGUCGUUUCAUCGCUCGCAGGGGCAAUAUCAAGGAGAUGCUCUCAGAUAAUGGCACUAAUCUUGUGGGCGCUGAGAGAGAGCUGAAAAGAGAAAUAGAUGGAUGGAACAAAGCUCAAAUCAGCGCAGACCUGCUCCAGAAAGGCAUCAAAUGGACUUUCAACCCACCCACUGCUUCCCAUUUUGGAGGAGUCUGGGAAAGGCAGAUUGGGACUGUGAGAAAGCUCAUACUGGCAGUAACUAAGCAACAGGUGCUCUCAGGUGAAAGUCUGACAACUCUCUUCUGCGAAAUUGAGAGCAUCGUCAACAACAGGCCUCUAACAAGUGUAUCAGAUGAUGUCAAUGAUCUUGAGGCCUUGACUCCCAAUCACCUACUUCUGCUGAACAGGAAGCCGCAACUGCCACCAACAGUGACGGACAGAUCAGAUGUAUACUCGAGAAGGAGGUGGCGUCAAAUACAGUAUCUCGCCGACGUAUUCUGGAGGCGCUGGUCUAGAGAGUACUUACCGCAGUUGCAAAGAAGAGAAAGAUGGGUACCAUCGCAUCGCAAUCUUCAGAUUGGUGACUUGGUGCUGGUUGCCGAUGCAAACACUCAGCGGAAUUCGUGGCUGCUGGGAAGAGUGCUUCAAACUUUCCCAGACAAGAAAGGCUUCACCCGUAGUGCGAACAUCAAGACAAAGAAUAGCGUAAUUGUUCGUCCUAUCUCGAAAUUGUGCCUGAUUUUGGAAGGAGAUUGUUAA